AUGUCUACAAAUACUCAAGAAAUUCUUAUUUUUCUUGCAAUGUGUGAAUUAAUGCUUCAAGAACUUGAAGAAGAAGAUGAUAUGAUUGAUAGAAUUCUUUUAGAAAAUUAUGGAAUUUUAUUUAAUAAAAUUUCAAGACCAAAAACUAAUAGAUUUUGGAAUGAGGUUUUUCCUUGUCUUGAUAAUAGAGAUUCAGCAUUUCUAUUACAAACAUGGCUUAUGGUUCCUUUUAAAAAUCCAGAAGCAAAUUUAGAUCCAAGAUAUAGA